GGGCUCUUUUCUGUACUACACCUUCUCUAAUGUUGUUUCUUAGUCUUCUUGAUGUUCCUCGAGUCUACCUCUCUCACAUCUUGUGUUAAGGAUGUCAAUGUGGAGUUUCCUGACUUUAAUGAGCAUUUUUAUGCUUUGUAAAGGUGAGGACAGUGAGUGUGACAACUUCACCGAUCUGGAUUUCCAUGAGCCUUUCAUAGGGACCAAUCUGGAUGUGCGGCUGCUGCUCUACACUCGUGCAAACCUCGAGUGCGGUCAGGAGCUUCCCCACCACAACUUCACUCAAGAACCCCUGUUUGAUGUAACCAGGCCCACUACCUUUGUCAUACACGGGUACCGACCCACAGGGGCACCGCCUAUCUGGAUCAACCACAUUGUGCACUUAUUAGCAGCACAGAAGGACAUGAACAUCCUGGUAGUGGACUGGAACAGAGGGGCGGCUAACCUCAUCUACUUCACGGCUGUAGCCAACACACGGGGUACAGCUGUGAACAUCACAGGCUUGAUAGAAAGCAUGGAGAAAGAGGGAGCGUCUCUUGACUCCAUCCACCUGAUUGGCGUCAGCCUGGGUGCACACGUUGCCGGGUUCAUUGGUGCUAUGCUGGGAGGACGAGUGGGCAGAAUCACAGGUCUAGACCCAGCAGGGCCAAUGUUUGCCGGUGUUCCCCCUGAGGACCGCCUUGAUCCAACUGAUGCCCAGUUUGUAGAUGUGCUGCACACAGAUAUGAAUUCCUUUGGCCUUAGAGGAACCCAUGGCCAUAUUGAUUUCUAUGCCAAUGGAGGAUUAGAUCAGCCUGGAUGUCCCAAGACCAUUUUCUCAGGGAAAUCUUAUUUAGUGUGUGAUCACCAGAGGUCUGUUUUCCUGUACCUGUGUGCUCUGAAUCACACCUGUAACCUUACAGCAUACCCGUGUUCCUCAUACAGCGACUUCCUCGGUGGCCAGUGUUUGCAGUGUGAAACCUUUAAGCCUGCGACCUGUCCUGUUCUGGGUUAUGACAUGAGCCCGUGGAAGGAUACUCUCUUGAGGUUAGGGCAAACAAGAGCAUAUUUCUCAACUACGGCAGAGCUUCCCUACAGCAAGACGAGCUUCAGAGUGGACCUAGUAACCUGGAACCAGUUUCUGCGGUGGGGGGUGGUCAUACUCCGACUGCACAACGGAAAAAACGUAAUAGAGGCCCAGAUGGAUAAUAAGCUGUUGAGGUUUGAGCAGUAUACAUCCACUCGACUACUGGCCCAGUUUGAUGAGGAUCUAUAUCCAAUUCAGAAAAUAUCUUUACGGAUUGUCACUGGGAAUGUGAUUGGACCUCGAUACAAGAUAAGGCUGCUCCGUAUUCGGAUAACUCCGCUGGAAAAUCCAAACAGCGCACUAAUGUGUCGAUAUGACAUUAUAUUGGAGGAGAAUGCGGAGGUGUCUUUCAAACCAUUGCCCUGUCAUCAACCUUGAAAAAUCACAUUGAAAUGCCUGAACUAUUACAGACAUUUUAAGAGGGUCUAAAAAGUUUAACAACUUUUAGUGCCUUUUCUGUGAAAUUACUACUGUGAUUCUUUUGUGGACUGGUAUAAAAUUAUGUUAAACCAGACACAUAUUCCAUUAGAAUUAAAGUGCAGUUUUACAAUAUCAAAUUCUGACCCUUCCUGUAUAGUUUUGUUUUAAACAAUACCAAUAUAAAAAAUAUUUAAUUGUAAAGAUGUUUUACAUG